AUGGAUCGCAUUUGCUUGUUGGCUGCCUUCUGCUUCAUGAAUAUUGUCUCAGUCGAAUUGAUGACGCAAGAUCAGAAAGACCUCAUCAUUCAGUACCACAAUUCAAAGCGAAGCACGGUCAACCCUCCGGCUUCAAACAUGCAAAGAGUCGUGUGGGAUGAGAAUCUGGCAGAACUCGCUCAAAAGUGGGUGAAUAGGUGCAAAUUUGAGCACCCUGCAUAUAGCAUCGUGGAAUAUCGCGGCACAGGUCAAAACAUCGGAGCAACUAGUGGCAGCGAACAAACCACCGUCAGCGAAGUGCUGAAGCUAUGGUACGACGAAAAUGAAAAGUACAAUUACGUCAACAAUUCUUGCUCAGGAAUUUGCGGACACUAUACACAGGUAAACGGACCCUGCCAUUUGUAG